AUGCGUGUGUUACUAAUCUUUUUCUCUUUGUUCAUACUUACUUCAUCAUAUAAACACAGUUUCAAAGGACCAUUAUCAAAUCUCAUUGCAUCUGCUGGUUUUCCGAGUUGUAUCAUUGGAUGUUCGAGUAACCUUCUGGAAGAAUUGGAUGACGUCUUUGUACAGCCCUUUAGCACACCAUUGUUUGAAAGAAUCUGCAAAUCUUAUCGUACUUCGAGAUCAUGUGUGACUGCUUCACCUAAAUGUCUGUUGAAUUCUGAAUUAUAUGAUGACUUGACAUCAGGAAUCAGAUAUGCCUGUAAUGAUGAGUAUGAAGCGUUCCGUUCCUUCUUACCUUGUAUCAAAGUGUUUGUCACAGAGAAGAGAGAGUCACUCGAUGGAGAUUGUGAAUCUACUUGUCGUUUGAAUGAUAGCUUAACUGAUCUGAUGAUGUCCAAACCUGUUCAACUAUCCAUUAUAAGAGGAUCCAAUGGCAUAGACAUCCUUAAGCAUGCAGGAACAACUUGCAAAAGUCUAUCAUGCUACUUGAAAUGCAUUCGAAGAGAUUUCAAUAAGUAUUGUGGAUCGAGUGGAAGCAAAGUAGUUGAGAUGGUUGUUCGUCCGUUGGAUGUUCUUUCCAGACAGAUAAGGGAUAAUUCGAACAAUAUCGAUUCCAUCUUUAGAAAUGCCAUUCCAUCAGACUGUCGUCAAUUCGUUAUUCCAAAGCUCUUGGAUGAAAUCCGUUUCGAUGAAGAUUUUCUGGCAAAAAUGCGUAUUCUGUUAGCAACUCGCAUGAGACAACAGAUAAGUUCCAACUAUGUUGAAGGAGAGAAGAUAAUCAAAGAGCUUCUACUGCCUAAAGUCAAACGAGAUGAGCCGAGAAAUCAUGGAUGGGAUCUGGUUGCAAUCACUUACAUGUUCUUGAUGAUUUCCAUCUUACUUUUGAAUGUUGUGGCGUUAUUUGCUGUUUUAUGGUGGUGUUGCAAAUCAGCGGCUGAAGAUAAAGCUGCUCGUCAUUUGGCUGACAAUACGAUGGACGUAAAAUUCAGUUUGGAUUCUGAAUCAUCAAAUUGA